CCCACGCGCGAGUCGGGAAGCAGCCGCCCGCGGGGCCGCGGUGCGGCGGCGGGGGGCUUGGGGAAGCCCGCCCGGCCAGACGCCACCGCUUUUGUCCACGCCGCCUUCGGGCCCGAGGAGCCGGGCUGGUGCAGGACCGGGCGGGCGGGCGGUGUUGGGGGGACGCCGCUGCCGCCGUCUCCGCUGCUGUUUCAUGCCCCCGACCCUCCAGACCCUGGCUCGCAGCUUCCCGCCCGCCGGAUGCAAUUUCUUACCGAGAAGUGUCUCCAGGCCCUCCGGAGCUGUUGCCGCUGUUGAGUCUGUGGGAGUAUGAAUCAGCAGCAAAGGAUGGCUGCAGUCGGGACAGACAAAGAACUCAGUGACUUGCUAGACUUCAGCAUGAUGUUCCCGUUGCCAGUGGCCAAUGGAAAAUCCAGGCCUACCACGUUGACCAGCACUCAGUUUGGAGGCUCAGGUUUGGAAGAGAGACCGGGCUCUGGGUCGUGGGGAACAGCAGGAGAUCAAAUCAAUUCCUCAUUCGACCAAGGAAGGGCUUACAGUGAAGGUUCUCACUACACAGAGCCCCGAGACCUUGCCUCUCACAAUAGCAUAUCUUCAACAUCAUUCCUGGGAUCUGGACUCGUAGGGAAGAACAGCGAGAGAGCCUCAUACUCGGCCUUUGGGAGAGACCCUGGGAUGCCUGGACUUAGUCAGGCUGGCUUCCUGCCCAGUGAGCUGGGAAUCAACAGCCCAAGCACGCUGUCCCCCACAGGGGUCAAGGGAGGCUCGCAGUAUUACUCGUAUCCCAACAACCCUCGACGGAGGGCAGCCGACAGCAACCUUGAUGGGCAACCUAAGAAGGUCCGGAAGGUGCCCCCAGGACUCCCCUCCUCGGUAUAUCCCUCCAACUCAGGUGAUGAGUACAGCCGAGACACCACGGGAUAUAACUCCUCCAAACCUGCCAGUACUGUGUACCCUGCAGCCUUCUACAUGCCAGAUGGACUACACAACUCAGCGGACCUAUGGAGCCCAUCAGGCACCAUGAACCAGUCCAACUAUGCCCCUCCGAUGCUGGGCAGUUCCCCUUCACCUCUCCCUCAGAGCGGUGGCUUCAGUAACUUACACCAGCAUGAACGAAUGAACUACCAGAUGCAUUCAGGGGAAGUCAAUGGUGGAAUCCCAUCAGUGUCCGGAUUCUCCUCCACCACUGCUCCCUAUGGCGUCUCGAGCCACACACCACCAGUCAGCGGGACAGACAGCAUCAUGGGUAACAGAGGGAGUACAGCAGGUAGCUCUGGAGACGCACUUGGGAAGGCACUGGCUUCGAUCUAUUCCCCAGACCACUCAAGCAAUAACUUUCCUUCUAACCCCUCGACCCCGGUGGGUUCCCCUCAGGGACUUGCAGGCACAUCCCAGUGGCCCCGACCAGGAGCACCCGGUGCCUUAUCUCCCAGCUACGAAGGAACUCUUCACAAUUUACAAAACAAGAUGGAAGAUCAUUUAGACGAAGCUAUCCAUGUGCUGAGGAGUCAUGCCGUGGGGCAGACAGGAGACAUGCAUGGCAUUCUUGGGGGCACACCAGGGCACAGUGGUGCCGUGGGCACCCUCAGCCAGGCCUUCUCCACCUCUGUCAUGCCCUUGGUGGGGCGGCACUCAAGCUUGGUAGGGGGCAGUCACACUGAGGAUGGCCUCCCCAGCAACUCCGGUCUCCUUCACAACCACGUGUCACUCCCCUCCCAGCCUGGCUCACUCCCUGACCUCACUCGACAGCAGGAUGCUUAUAGCGGCUUGACGUCGGGGCUGGGGAGAGCUGGCGCUUCUUCGGGAACUAGUGAGAUCAAGAGGGAAGAGAAGGAAGAUGAGGAGAACACAUCGGUGGCAGACAACUCGGAGGAGGAGAAGAAGGAGAUGAAACCCUCCCGGACUAGAACAAGUCAAGAUGAGGAUGAGGAGGACGACCUUCUCCCCCCAGAGCAGAAAGCGGAGAGAGAGAAGGAGAGGCGGGUGGCCAAUAACGCCCGUGAGCGCCUCCGUGUCCGCGACAUCAACGAGGCCUUUAAAGAGCUCGGGCGCAUGUGCCAACUCCACCUUAACAGUGAAAAACCGCAGACCAAACUUCUAAUUCUCCACCAGGCCGUGUCGGUUAUUUUGAACCUGGAACAGCAAGUGCGAGAGCGCAAUCUGAACCCCAAAGCUGCCUGCUUGAAGCGUCGGGAAGAAGAGAAAGUGUCCGGAGUGGUCGGUGAUCCUCAGAUGACGCUUUCAGCCGGUCAUCCGGGGCUAGGAGACGGUCACAACCCUGUUGGACACAUGUAAAAAGGUCCGCCACCCCAGGAAGCCUUGUGACUCACCCAUCUUCCAAAAGUGGAAAAUCCUGGCCCUCCUCCCGCCGACACCUGCCCCCAAGAUGGGAGACCCUGGCACACGCCGUAAGGAGCGAUGUUUUGGUUUUGGUUUUUGGUUUUUGGUUUUUUUUUUAAAGAAAGGGGGAAAAAGAAGGAAAGAAGGAGAGAAAAUAAACACUUCGUCAAAAAAAUUGCCUUAAGUAUAAAGAAUGGAAGAGUCAAUACAUAUCACUCAGUUAAGAAGGGGAGAUGCUGUGUUAAACUUGGCUUGUUCACAAACAGCCAGCAGCAAAUUGUGCCUAAGCCUCUUAUUUCUGUUUGCUGUUUUGUUUUUUUUAAAAGGAGAAUAAAAGAACAUUAGUUAUGAGAUUUUUUAUGUAGAAGAAAAUAGCGAUACCUUUGGGAUUUUUUUUAAGCUUCUUUUGCAUAUGUUUUGUAAGCAACAAAUUUUUUGUAUAAAAAAAAAACAAGUCUUGUGUCCCAUGCUUUUCUGCUGCUGUUUCUAUAGUUAAAUGUUGCCUCUCUACGAUCAACCAGAUUAUUAAAAGUUGUAUUAAAAAGAGACUGGGUUAAAAAGCAAGGUUGACUCCUCGGGAAGCCGCUCAGUGUGAAUGGAGCCAUGUGGCUGUUUCUUAGUUUCAUCUUGUUUUUUUUCUGUUUGGGCUUGAUUUUUUUUUUAGUGGUUUUAUUUAGGGGACUUUUUCCUGUGUUGUUAUUUUUAAAUCUGUUCCAAGGCCCCUUUCUGCUCCCUCCUCCCCACCCACCCCAGCUGUCCCAGUCUUGUGUUCCCUAUGUCUUACAUCUAUCUUCCAUGUCAAGUUCAUGGACUAAACACACCUUGCUCUGAGCCACCUCGGAUUGGGAGGAAGUGGGCAGAGGGAGGGCUUGCUUUCUCUCCCUGCUCCCUCCUCUGGAUUCCCAGAGGCUGAGCUUCUUAAGGCUCUCCAUUCCCUGGUUUCUUGGUAUAGGGAGUUUUUCAGGACUAGAUGGGGCUGGGAGGGGGGACCACAAACAUUGCUGCUCUUUCUCUCUCCCUCCUCCCUUUCCCACCAAAAAGUGUAAACUGGCAUAGUCCUCCCUGUAUCCACCAUACCUGGCUGCCUCUCUCCCAUCUACCCACCUCUACCCCAUCCUGGCUUGUGUGUCCUGGGUCAAGUCACAAGGCAGUUCUGACCAAGAUGCAGAAAAGGAAGAGACAUAUCUGACCCAGUGUAGUGGUUUCCCUAAAGCAGUGAAAUCAUAGAUCCAGUCACGAUCUAGAGGCCGUUUCAACCAAUUCUAUGUUGGGUUCUAAGACCACAAGUUGCUGAAAAGAUGCCAGUACCCCAAUGGCAGAGGGAGUGUCCUCAAUCAGUGAAAUCCUGCGUCUAGGACCCUGUCCAUAUACUAUGAGAAGACCAUGACUUCGGAUGGAAAGGAGCCUUGCUGGGGACAUGGACCCAGAUCAAGCAGGAGGGUCACCAGCUGAGUGGGGAGGAGGACUAGACGAGCUUGGCUCCCUUGUUUCUGCCAGAGGGUUGCUAGAUUCAGGCUUCAGGGGAGAGCCUGACUCGAUUCUUGGCUAGAAAGCUUCACAUCACGUUGUCUCGCCCAGUGGGACUUACCCCAACUCAUGUUGGAAAGUUUGCUUCCAGACUUGAUCCUGUGAAGGAGGGUCUGUUGGGAAUCUCUGUGUCAGUGACGGCCGCCUUCUCUGCCCUCUCUCUCCUACCACCAGUCUUUGAAUAGUAGCAUAGCCUCCCCGCUGCCCCUUUCUCUUCAAGAAAGCCAUCAGAAGGAGCUUGGAUUCCAUAAUCCAGGGACAUAGGUGCCAGGCAAACAAUUCAUUAUUACAGCUUUCCCAAGAAGGGACCAGUCAUCAAGACCCUUGAAACAUCUCUUGUUCUUAGAGACCCCUGGCUCUUUUCCUGUAGCUGAGUUGGGGAGAAAAUCUUGGAAGAUAUCCCCCACCCCGAUAAAGAAUGAUCCCUUGCCUAGCACUGCCAGCCAAGGCAUGUAACCCUAUAUGGAGCUAACCUGCAUGAUGCACACCGCAUCUCCCCUGGCUGACCCUUCUUGGUCACCUCUGCUGAACACACCCAGUAGGGACGACAAAGGACAUGUCCAACCAGCACAGCCUUCCCCCCCACCCCCAAACCCUUUGCCACACAUACUCAUGAUCCUCAUUCCCUGAUAGCCAAGAGCAUAGAAAUAACUGGUCCUUACUCCCACACACACACAAAAACCAGGAACCCCAAGUUCUCAAGUCCCAGGUGUGCCGAAGCCCAGCCUGGUCCAGUUCCUAGAAUAGGGCUUUGCUUUCUGAAUCAGCUCAGGCUCUGUAAGAAGUCUACCAAGAGAUGAGCAGUAUUGUUCUCUGGUGUUGGCCUAAGAGCUGCUGCCUCUGGCCAUUCAGAAACUACCAAGCCCACCCUGCAAUAUGCCCCAGGAGAAUGUCUUCCUGCCAAGUGGGAGAGAACUACACUGGGGAGUCGCUUGGUCUGUGAUGUGGCUCUAGCAUUAAUACCUUCCCUACUCUCCCCCUAUGUACCCACCCUCAUCCAGAUAGUAAUCACUCAGAUCUCUUAGCGAGCAUGGCCCCGUGGCCCAGGGUUCCAUGGCCAGGAUGGCUGUGCCUUCAGUCCUAGACAAAAGAUGAGCCCCAUCCAUAUCCCUUCUUAGGCUUCCUUCUCUGGGUCAAGUCGGGGCAUACCUACAUCUGGCCUGGAAGGACUUCCUAACUGUUGCAUGGUCAGGAAUGGAGGAGGAGCUGGGCCCUGUUCUAUGAGAGAGGCCAGUUCUUGCCCUCUAUUUUAUGAGAUGGGUAGCUGCCCCUGCCUCCUGUGUAAGCCAGGAAAUCACAAGCAAGCCUACCACUCUUUUCCCCUUUGGACACCUUGGAGAGAAGCCCAGGCAUAGAAUUAAGCUACUCCAUAUGAAAGGAACCAACCUUCCAUUUUCAUCUUGACUCCCAAGGGUCAGGACUUUUGCCUGGGAAUGCUCUGCUUUAUGGAGUUAACAGUGGGCCAGCCCUUAAGUCCCAGUGGCGUUCAAGAGAUCAUAAGCUGGUAGAUCUGGAGAUAGAAAGAAUCUCAGAGGCCUGUCAUUCUACAGGCAAAGGAACUGAUGCCCAGAGAAGGUGACUUGCUCAAGUCACAAAGCUAGUAAGUAACAAGCAAGAUGUUCCCUGGGAAUCUGUCUCCUUAUGGGUGGGCUUCGUGCUUGCUGUCAGAGGAGAGCUGGUGGGGUUGGCCUAAGCCUGUUUCUAUCAAAUGAUAGGGGAACCUAGGCCACACAGCAAUUUCAGGUGUAGGAGAAUGUUUGGCAUUAAACUGUGGAAAAGGAGUUGAAAGUCUAGGUGGGACAGGGAGCAGAGAGAGGAACAGUAAUUCCCUUGCCACAUGUGGUCUUGGGAAGCAGGGAGAUGCUGGCAUCUCCUCUGUUUUCACAUAGUUAGAACAAGGGGCUCCCGCUUCAUGGGGCCAGAGAAAAUGCCAUCUGACUGUCAGUGUCUCCCAACUGUGUCCACCCUCUGAGAAAGCAGAUCCCUUCUGCCCACCAGCCGCACCUCCCUCUGGGUGCUGCCCUCAGCGCUACUUGCCCUCAUUUUUUCAGUGGGACAGGACAAAAUAGAUAAUCUCCCUUCAAGCACUACCUCUUUGCCUCCCUCCUCCCUGGUAGCCGGGCAGUGGAGACCAUUAGCAGAGAACAAAACUUCCCCAGUUUCUGCCCCUGACACGUGCACGCGUGCACACACACACUCUUUUCCCCUCUAGUCACCCAGCCCAUGAAUUCUUGGGAGCCCUGGGUCCCAGGAAGAGACUGAGGAAGCGGGGGGAGGAAGACUGAGAAACCAGUGGUGUUUCUUCUUUGGUUUUGUUUGUGGGUUUUUUUCCCCAUAAUCUUUGGUUGGGGAAGGGGAGCAUGUAUUUUUUUUCUGUUUGGCGUCCUCUUUGGACCCCAGUUGUGGUGUUGAUGUUGCCUGCCUGUAAAUCCAGAUGUGCUUCAUGACUGAGGAACCUUGUGCUUAAAUCAGAUAACACAUUAUUAUAGUUUUGAACUAUCUAAUAUAUAUGUGCAUGUGUAUGCAUAUAUGUGUGUGUGUGUAUAUAUAUAUGUAUGCAUACACACGCACAUAUAUAUUCCUAACCCAGCAAAAAGGAAAAAAAAAUUAUUGGGGUGGGGAGGGGAAUUCACAAUUAGGGGGAAAUUGUGUCUCUGAGUGCCUCAAGAUGACUGGUUUUUGUUUUGUUUCUCAUUUUUAAAAAAAAGUAAUUUUAUACAAGUGUCAAAACAGCUGGCUGGAUUAUUUGGAAUUUUUAAAUAAUCCUAACUUUUUUAAGUAGAUUUUGAGAACUGUCUUGUAUAUAACAGUAAUGUAGCAAUAAAUGUGACAUUUUAUAA